AUGGUUGAAGUUAAUAUUUUCAACUACUUUACUAGUGUACAGGAAGGCGAAGAGUCUUCAAUUACCGCGGGGCUACGCGAGUUAAAAGAGGAGACCGGAUAUGUUGCUAAAGGGGUGUUGCUUAGUUCUUCUGGAAGGCAACCCUCAAUGCCGUCGAGGUUGAAUGACGUCACUCGUCAUAUUGUGGCGGAUGUGGACGGGGACGCACACAUCAAUGUACACCCAAAACAGCAGUUGGACGAUGCUGAGAUUUCGAAAGUGGUGCUCAUCAAAGGCUCCGAACUUCUGCCAACCAUACAGUCGCUUGAAAAGGAAAUAGACAUUGCGAGCAAUGUUUACACAUUUGCCUUAGGAUACGCAAUGCACAGUUUAUAG